AUGGGCUCUACAUCCUCAAAAGUAGCCAAAGCGGCUUCAAAUACCCCCAAGCCGCGUCAAUAUCCCUCGCGGGUGCCUCCAAGCUCUGCUGCUGUCAAGUCUCGCACCGGGGCAUCUUCUACCCCAGACCCUAUCAGCACAACCGGACCAACGGUACAUCCUACUCCGCACGCCAGCGAGAGCAAAGAUCAAGCUGUCACUUCGGACGCCCAAGACCCAGACUUUGCAGCAUCCCUUCGCUCUCUCGGCCCAGUCCAACCAAAUUCCACCCUCUCAAAUACAUCAACCUUUCGAGCCCACCAAGCUGCUACAGGUUCCGGGCCAUCGAUUCCACAGCAGCAAAGUGACAUAUCUCCUCCACCGCCACAAGGCCAGAACAUCUUCCCUAAUGCGGCUCAUAAUCCCGCCUUGGUGAUCUUAGAAGCGCGAACUCAGAUAGCAGAGCAGGCAGAGCAGGAACUUACACAAACCCGGAGCGCUGCUAGUAAAGCUACUAGACGCUUUUUGGACGUCAUGACUAUUCGACAGGUCUUGAGCAUGAGAGAUGAUCAGAGCAUGGGCGCCCAGGAGAUUGAAAACACCUUACACCUGUCGCCUGGCACAGUCGGAAAGCUGGCUUUAGUGGGUGAAGCGAGCGUUUCGAGCAGAGGUAAAGAAGACUCUGGGAUCUAUGACUGA